GUAAUUCUUGUGGCAAGCAUCUUCUCUAGGGAUAAAGGGAAAUGGAAGCCAAGUUCUUUAGGUUCUUGAAGAUAGUUGGAGUUGGAUACAAAGCCAGAGCUGAAGAAGCAGGGCGUUUCUUAUACCUCAAACUCGGUUACAGUCACGAAGUCGAGCUUGCUGUUCCUCCGGCGGUUCGUGUCUUUUGUUUCAAGAACAAUGUGGUUUGCUGCACCGGAAUCGACAAGGAUAGGGUGCAUCAGUUUGCUGCGACAGUCCGGAGUUGCAAACCUCCUGAAGUUUAUAAAGGGAAAGGUAUAAUGUACAUCGACGAAGUCGUCAAGAAGAAACAAGGAAAGAAGUCCAAGUGAAUUCUUUUUUUAUUUUGUUCGUAUGCUUCUUUAAACUGCUUAACUUUGCAGAGCAGUUUAACCUUUUGAUGAUAGAUUCUGGAUUUGCUUAUCAAUAAGUUUUAGUUGGAUGUAUGAAACAUCAUUUUGUGGUUAAGUCUCUUUCAAUCAAACAAAAUGACAAAGAGUUUGUCUUUCGAACA